AUGAACUCUGUCCUGGUUGAGAGUCCUUCAAAGGAACUAUUGGAGCUCAAGGUAGUGUAUGAGUGGGCUCCACCUUUCUGCUCUAAGUGCAACAAGGUUGGUCAUGAUUGCUCUACUAAACCUGCUCCUGCUAAGCCUAAGCAGGUUCAUAAGCAGCCAGCUCCUGUUUCUCCUAAGCAAAAGCAGGCCUGGGUUCCUAAGCCUAGCCAAGCUCUUGCUCCUGUUGUUGAUGUUGAUGCUUCUGUUCAUGGGCAGUCUGUCAUUACUCCACAGGUUCAUACUUCUCAAAACUCAGAUGAGGGGUGGAGAAUAGUUGGAAGGAAGACAAAAAGCCAGCAAACUAGAGUUCAUCAGCCUGCCUCUACCUCUAAUGCUUUUGUUGCUUUAUUUGCAAAUGAGAUGGAUGGUGCAGGUGGUUUCACUAUAAAUCCAAGCGAGGUUGAUGUUAUUGGCCUUCUUGAAACAAAAGUUAAAUCAAAAAAUGUUUUCAGUUAUCAAAAGAAGUUUGGCUCUUCUCGGCUUUGGGUGUGCAAUUAUGAUCAUUCUCCUAAAGGGAGGAUUUGGCUUGGUUGGAAUGCAGAUAGAGUAACUGUCAAUGUCUUGAAGAUUCAUGAGCAGUUUAUACAUUGUUGUGUCCUUUCUAAGGAUCUUUCUACUCAAAUUCAUCUCACUGUUAUUUAUGGGCUUCAUUCUAUUCAUGAUAGGCUUCCUAUGUGGGAAGGGAUUAGGAACAUCUCUAUUCAGCAUUCUCCUUGGCUUUGUGCUGGUGACUUUAACUCUACUAGAGAUUUCCAGAGUUUGGUUGAUGAUUUGGACCUCACUGAGUUCAAGAGCAAAGGGGCCUUCUACUCUUGGUCAAAUAAGGCUCACACUGGUCCUAGAACUCUUUCUAGGAUUGAUAGAGUCUUUGGUAACCAAGCUUGGCUGGCCUCUCAUGGGCAUGUUGAGACUGUCUAUAUCUCCCCUUCUUUAUCUGAUCACAGUCUAGUUCUGUUGGAUAUUUGUUCUGCUCCUGCUGGGAGAGGUAGACCUUUCAGGUUUCUAAACUGUAUUGCUGAUCAUCCUGAUUUCCUUGAUACUGUUUCUCAGGCUUGGGGUUCUGGUAGUUCUGUUUGGCAGAAGCUUAAUUCUGUGAAGUCUAGUAUCAAGUCUCUUAAUAGCAAGCAGUUUGGCAACAUUGAGGAGAAGAUUGAUCAAGCUAAUGUUGAGCUUGCUGGAAUUCAGAACUUAAUGGCUCAGAAUCCUGAUGAUUUAGAUUUAUAUGCUAAAGAAUCUGAUGCUAUUAAGGUUGUCAAACACUGGAAUGAUAUUCAGGAAAGCAUCUUCAAACAAAAAUAUAGGAUCAACUGGAUUAAACUUGGAGAUGGGACUCAGGCUCCUUGGCUUCCCGCUGUUGACCUUGUUACUCCUAUUUCUCAUGCUGAAAUUGAUGCUGCCCUUAAGGGAAUUGAUAACACUAAAGCUCCUGGUAUUGAUGGCUUUAACUCCUUUUUCUUUAAGAGAGCUUGGCAUAUUGUGAAAUAUGAUAUUUAUGCUAGUGUUAAUGAUUUCUUUACUAAAGCGACCUUGCCUAAGCAAUGGAAUUGCACAACUAUCACUCUUGUUCCUAAAAUCCCUAAUGUUUCCCAUGUUAAGGAUUUUAGACCUAUAGUUUGUUGCACUGUGGUUUAUAAGCUCAUUUCUAAGGUCAUAACUGCUAGACUUGCUGCUAUCAUUGGUGAGGUCAUUGAUGAUUCCCAAGCAGAUUUCAUUCCAGGCAAGCACAUUGGUGACAAUAUCCUUCUUGCAACUGAAUUGAUCAAAGGCUAUGAUCACAAAUUUAUCUCACCUAGAUGCAUGGUUAAGGUGGAUUUGAAGAAAGCCUAUGAUUCAGUUAAGUGGGGAUUCUUGAUUACUGUUAUGCAGGAGCUUGGUUUCCUUAGAGAUUUGUUAGCUGGAUUUGGACUUGUCUUACUUCUGUCUCUUAUUCUAUUCUUAUUAAUGGCUUUCCUUCCCCUCCUUUUGAAGCUAAGAAAGGUUUAA